GAAACGGAGAUAUUUUGUCUUACGAAGAUGCGAAUCGAGCCAUGCAGAUGGGCGUUUCGGGCAUUAUGAUUGCAAGAGGGGCGCUCAUCAAACCGUGGCUCUUCACUGAGAUUAAGGAGCAGAGGCACUGGGAUAUCUCCUCCGGCGAGAGACUUGAGAUCCUCAGAGACUUCACCAAGUAUGGCCUUGAGCACUGGGGGUCAGACACUCAGGGAGUGGAGAAGACCAGGAAGUUCCUGCUGGAGUGGCUCUCGUUCCUGUGCAGGUACAUUCCAGUUGGCUUAUUAGAACACCUGCCUCAGCAAAUUAACCAACGGCCGCCGUACUACAUUGGGAGAGACUAUCUGGAGACGCUGAUGGCAAGCCAGAACGUGGACGACUGGAUUAAAAUAAG